CGAAGCAGAAGCGGAUGAUUAAAACGCACCUAUUAAAAAUAUUUCGCCAAGAUGUAGGCAACAUGUAAUAAGGGAUCAAAAUGGCGGAGUUUUCUAUCUUCUCCGUAUAGUUAAAGAAAAUCAAAGUAUGUGCUCGAGAUACUUUCCAUGUUAAUUUUUUAAAUUGAUUGUCAUAGUAUUAUCUGUCAUUGGAUGUCAGUUGGCUAUUUGAAUUUUUGAGUUAAUUUUGUUUGCCUAUAUAUUACAUUUGUUACGUUAGAAACGUUGUGCAGACUUUAUAAAAGCUACGUCCGUCCUAUCCUAGAAUACGUAAGACCCGUGUGGUAUCCAGACCUUGUACGCGACCAACAAAUGCUGGAAUGUGUUCAACGCCGCGCCACCUGGAUUACCUUUGGCCGCGUUAGCCCAUCAUACAAGGAAAGGUUAGAAAUAGGAAAUCUUAUAACAUUCCAACAAAGACGUCUUCGCGGUGACCUAAUUUUGUCGUUUCGAAUAAUAAAAGAUAACUUUGGCGACCUUAAUCAAGACUCCCGACUUCGUGGACAUUCGCUAAAACUACAGAAAGAAAUACAAAAUCAUUGUGAAUUAUCAAAUCAACAAGCAGGUGGGCAUGGCGAUCCAGUCUUAAUAAUUGAUAGGCAACCCAUGAUGCAUUAUUAUUCAUAAAUGUAAAUAACUUUCGAGUUAUUAACAUUAACUGAAAUAUCAAUAAUUUUUAGUAAGAUUAGCGAUUUAUAUAA